UUUUUUUUUCUUCCCCAUUCACGGUGGUAGUGAGGCCUAGUCGCGAGCCAUGGAGCGCACUCUCCCGGCGGCCGGCUUCCUGUACUGGGUGGGCGCGAGCACCGUGGCCUACCUGGCCCUGCGCGCCUCGUACUCCCUCUUCAGGGCCUUCCAGGUGUGGUGCGUGGGCAACGAGGCCAGCGUCGGCCCGCGGCUCGGAGAAUGGGCAGUUGUUACAGGUGGCACUGAUGGAAUUGGAAAAUCAUAUGCAGAAGAGUUAGCAAAGCGUGGAAUGAAGAUUGUCCUAAUCAGCAGGUCCCAGGAUAAACUGAACCAGGUUUCCAGCGCAAUCAAAGAAAAAUACAAAGUGGAAACAAGGACCAUUGCUGUUGACUUUACACUGGAUGAUAUUUAUGAUAAAAUUAAGACAGGCCUGGACGGUCUUGAAAUUGGCGUUUUAGUGAACAAUGUGGGGAUGUCAUACGAGUAUCCGGAAUACUUUUUAGAAAUUCCUGACUUGGACAAUAUUAUCAAGAAACUGAUAAAUAUUAAUGUUCUUUCUGUUUGCAAGGUGACACGCUUGGUGCUGCCUGGAAUGGUAGAAAGAUCUAAAGGGGUGAUUCUCAACAUCUCAUCUGCCAGCGGCAUGCUCCCAGUUCCACUGCUGACCAUCUACUCUGCGACCAAGGCUUUUGUAGAUUUCUUCUCUCAGUGCCUCCAUGAGGAGUAUAAGAGCAAGGGCAUCUUUGUGCAGAGUGUCCUGCCAUACUUUGUAGCUACAAAACUGGCGAAAAUACGGAAGCCAACUUUGGAUAAGCCCUCUGCAGAGACGUUUGUGAAGUCUGCAAUCAAAACGGUGGGUCUGCAGUCGCGGACCAUGGGGUACAUGGUCCAUGCUCUCAUGGGGUCAAUAAAUUCAAUCUUGCCUCGUUGGAUUUAUUUUAAAAUAGUGAUGGGUGUAAACAAGUCCUUGCGGAGUCGCAAUCUGAAGAAAAACAAGAGGAACUAAGUGUUGAUGAGUCAUUGAGCCCCUUGGCCAGAUGCUUGGACCUGUACACGUUCACCCAGGGUGCUGUCUGCCCCCAGAAUCUCCACUGUUGCUUCAAUAAUUACUAACAUGGCCAAAUGUUGGCAUAAUUGUAGGAAAACAAACUCCUUUUAGAGGCUUUUAAUAUGUAUUCUGGAUACAUCCAGGAGUAAUUUGAAGUUGAGUAUAUAUGCUCUUGCCGAAUGAGUGAGAACACUUUGACAGAAAGGAACAAGUCCCAGAAUGACAGAAGUAGACAGCAUGCCAAUGAUCACCUUAUGUAUUGUCUGAAACCUACUAUAGAGUGUAAGGGCUAGCUACUUUUUUGUUCUUUAAAAUUAGAGGGAACGGGGCUUUGUUGAUUUGUUAUGGGUGGACACAAUGCAGUUUACAUAGAUUAAGGUUUUCUAAAUGUAAGUCCCAGCUCUUGUAUUUAUAUGGAAAAGUUCUCUAGAGUAGCUAAUGACAUCAAGAGAAUCGAAGUACAGAGUUCUUCUGACAUAUAACUCCACACAUGCCAUCCUUGUAACACAUCUUAUGUCUUCUCUGUUCAAAUGUAUGUAAAUGCUGAACGCUGUAUAAUAUGAUUGAAAUGUAAAGGCAAAUAGGCCGAAGUGUACAUCAAGACCAGCAGCAUCCUCUGGUGCCACUGGGAUCCAGGAGCAGCCUGCGUGGACACCCAACCUUCUUCAUGUCUGCACUGCACCCGACAGACUCCUUCUGUGGUAGUGAUGGUCCAUGGGAAUGACCUUGUUCUAAGUUGGUGUUCCAUUAGAAUUCAUAUACAUGCUUUUAAUAAAAAUUGAUGUAACUGGUA